GCAACGGCUUCUCAAGGGAAGUCGUUCGUGCGUCUCUGCCUUUGACCCGUGGUUAGUUUGCGGGUCGACCUCCAGGUGAUGCCCAGCCGACCCGCCUCUGAUCCGAAGCAGCGGAGCUCAUCUCGGAGCCUGGCGGGCUGAUGGAGCCGGGCAGGCGGAGUCCCGGCGCGCGUCCCGGGGCGCGUCCUCCUGGCGCAGACGCGUCUUUACGCGCGGCCCCGGGUCCGGGGAGCGACUCGCCCCUGAUCCACGGGACCGGCUGGCAGAUCCAGGGGACCGGGUGGCUGUUCUCUCCCCUGUGGAGCCCUCGCAGCAAGAUGCGCGGGAGCGACGUGUCCAGCGACCAGGCGUGGCUGGAUGACCACUCCGACUUCACCCGGGCCUACUUUUCACGCAGGACUUCAGUGACGAGUGGUCCCCCGGGAGAGAUCCCUCCACUGAUGCCCAGGUUGCCCAGGAGCAGCUCGGACCACGCCGGCCUGCUCAUGAUGUCUCCUCGUCGGACAUCCCUCCCCGUGAGCAGCUCGCACCUGGAGAUCUCCUCCACCCGAGAGAGGCUCAAACCCCUUCCUCCCAAUCUCAGCACCCCCGAGUGGAUGGAUCAGCUCUGCCAUUCCCCUUGCUCCCCUCGCUCCCCUCGCUCCCCCCGCUCCCCCCGCUCCCCGCGCAUGUGUCUGUCUCCUCGACGACCACUUUCACCCAUUUGCCCUUUCUCCCCUGACUCGCCCUACGCCCCACACGCUCUGCCACCGGCCGCAGUAAAGACAGCGGUCUGUGGCCGUGGCGACGGGUGUCCCUGGAUGAUGGGGCUCCUGGGCGGAGGCCUGAGAUGGAUGGGCUCCGUAGCGGAACUCUGCCAGGGGGUUGUCGAUCAUACCGGAGAGCUGCUGGCAGCCGAGGGGUGUUCCCUCGCACUUGUGAGGAAAGACUGUGGUGGGAGGAGCAACUUGGAGGAGGUGAUCGCCUUAACAGCUCUGGGGUGCUUGAGCGAGGCCACACUCUACAGCCAAGCACAUCAGGAUCUCCUGAAGGGUAUCAUGGAGUGCGCAUUGGCCACAGGUUCACCGAUGAACCUGAGGGAUGCAUCUGAGGAUCCUCGAUUCAACAUAGAAAACAAUCAGCUGUCAAAGAUUAAGACCGUUUUGAGUGUUCCCAUCAAGAACCACAGAGGAGAGGUAAUUGGUGUUGUGGUGAUGAUAAACAAAAGAAAUAGCUGUGAUGGGUCCCUCUCUGCCUUUACUAACUUGGAUGAAAAGGUGCUGUCCAAUCACAUGGAUAUGCUGGGGAUGGUUUUAGAUAACGUCCAGUUGUACGAGAGCUCAAGACAAGAAGCUAAGCGCAGCCAGGCUUUGGUUGAGAUGGCUCGGGUUUUAUCGAGGGAGCACCAUUCCUUCGAGGCUCUGCUGAGCAAGAUGGCUUCCACAAUCAUGCCCUACACACACGCUCAGUACUGCACCAUCUUCAUCCCCAGCGAUCAAACAUCAGUCUUGGCCAGCGAGAUUUCAUUCUCACGCGUGAUCCACUUGGAGUGUGAGGAGCUGGGAUCAACCUGCCAGGUCUACAGAAGGGAGCACGACAUCAGUGGUCUGGAUCCAUCAUAUGCCUGUCAGACGCUCAGGACUAUGGAGACACUCAAUAUGGCAAAGAGUCCCGUGGAGUCAGUGAGGAGUAUCAUCUGCUGCCCUGUUAGAAAUGAGAGGUCUGAAAAUGUCAUUGCCGUGUGCCAGCUCAUGAACAAACGGAGCAGAGACUCGAAUGAAUUGGAAGCCUUUAAUCGAUAUGACGAGCGGCUCUUGGAGGACCUGGCCGUGUACUGCGGCUUGGCUUUGCAGUACACCCAGGCUGUCAGGAUCACUGAGGUCCGCAGGGCCAGUAUAGAGGUCACACAGGAGGUUCUUGCAUACCACAUCACCGCAGCAGAGCAGGAAAUCCAGGCACUGCAGAAGGCCACGAUUCCAUCUGCUCAGUCCCUGAAUAUUCUGGACUUCCACUUCUCGGACUUUGGCCUCCCAGAGGACAUGACCACCCAGGCCACUGUCCGGAUGUUCCUGGACCUGAACUUGGUGCAGGAUUUCAACAUUGAUUACAAGAGUUUAUGUCAGUGGGUCUUGAGUGUGAGACGUGGCUAUAGGAGCAACGUACCCUAUCACAACUGGAGCCACGCGCUGAGCACGGCUCAAAGCAUGUUUGCCAUACUCAUGGCCACGGACCAGCUCCAGAACAUUUUUUCCCGCUUGGAGGUUUUAGCAUUGAUGAUAGCCUCCCUAAACCACGAUAUUGACCACAGGGGGGUCAGUAACUCCUACAUAGAAAGGUCUCAACAGCCGUUAGCUCAGUUGUAUGGACACUCCUCCCUCGAGAACCACCACUAUAACCUGUGCCUCUUCAUUCUCAAUAACAAAGGGAGUCAGAUUCUCAGGGGUCUGUCACCGGAGGACCACAAAGCUCUGCUGCACAUGAUCAAACGGGCAAUUCUUGCCACCGACCUCAACGUCUACAUGCAGAGAAGAAAGGACUUCUUUUCUCUUGCUGAGAAAAGCAGGGUGAACUGGAAGAGUGAGAAACAAAGAGAUUUGCUCAGAUCAAUGCUGAUGACAGCGAGUGAUCUCUCGGGCAUCACAAAGCCUUGGCCUGAACAGAAAAGGAUUGCCAACCUGGUUGCCAUGGAGUUCUUUGCACAAGGAGACAAGGAGAGGGAAGAGUUCAAAAUCAAACCCAUUGAUAUAAUGAAUAGAGAAAACAGCAAGCGUCUGCCCUACAUGCAGGUUGAAUACAUCGAUGACAUCUGCUAUCCACUCUAUAAGGCCGUGUCAACACUGUUUACCACCUGUUCUCCGCUGCUCAACGCUUGUAAGAAGAACAGAGAAAACUGGCUGCAGCAUGCUGAAAACCCAGACGAAGAACGUAACAAUGACAGCAGUUUAAUUUUGGAGGCAGAUGAAAGCAACGAGGAGGAAACACAGACUAAAGAAUGAACUGAAUAAACAGAAGACGUGGGGUUUUAGAAAAGAGAACUGUUUCCAAGCAAUCUGUUGAUCUCCGCCUUCCUUGGAAAACAUUAUAGCUGAUUUCUGAUCUGGAGCUCAUAAUCACCACAUGCAUAUGUAAUUUAGCAGCUAUGUACCAAAGAAAUGUAGAUCAGUGUGCAAUAUAACAGAUGUACUGUAAACUCUGUCAAGUCGUUGAUACAUGUCAUUGGCUGUGACGCUGUGAAUGCCUGCCAAAUGCAUUUGAUCAUUUCCACUCUGCAGACUAUCUGAAGGCCUGUAUUUAUUUAUUUUUGUUCAUCACAACUGCGCUGAGAUUUAUGCAUUUGCAUAUGAACUAUUAACUUCUGCAAUGUGUGUGCAGAUAUGUUUUUUGACAUUUUGUGAUUUUCUUCUUAUCUUCAACUUUUAGUGGAGUUUGAUUUGUACUGAGAUCUACAAACAUAUAUAUUAAUGAAGGGUUACUAAUCACUAUUCACCAUACUGUGUAUACACACA